AUGGAAAAGCGUUCAUCUGUAGUGUCUGCUGUUUCGACCAAAAAGCUCACUAGAGAUGUGGACAUUGCCUCAUUAGAUCGUUAUCGAUAUUUAGUAAUGCCUAAAGAGUCUAAUGUGAAAAAUCCUAUGGAUCAUUCACAAUUUGGAAGUAUGGAAUUUCAUAAGCAUAAAUUAGAUUUAUCAGAUUUGCAAGCUUUUAAACGUCAAAAAUGGAAUACACUUCGAAAGAAAAAAACUGGACAUGGGUUAACUAGAGGUUUAACAUUACGCACACAUAAUUCGUUACACGCUGAUCACUACACAAAUGAAUACAACUUUGUUAACACACAACCUAUUGGUUCUCAAUCCAUACCAACUGAUAGAAAAUCAACCAAAACAUGUUUACGCCCAUCUUCUUCAGUUACAGAAGAUUUUCUUCCAAUUCGAACUCAAGGUGGAGAUCAUACAAAAAUGACUCAAGAACCUAUUGUUGUACGACGUCGAAGAUUCAGUAACGAACCCGGUGCAUCUUCUAGUCAUAUUGCCAAGAUCGAUUCGGUUUAUUUUGAUGCAGAGGAUACUAGUUCCAAUGUGCCUUUCUCAAAGAAUAUUUUAGCUAAUAAUAACAUGACGAACAGCAUAAAUACAAAGUCGGAUUUAAAUAAUCGACAGUCCAACAGUCGAAUUUCCGAUGAAUGCAGUGAUGAUUGGGGUGAUCCAUGUGGUAGUCUGGAUGUUGAUGACGACCUGUAUCAUGAUGCUGAUGAAUUGAAUAAUAUCGAAAGUGAUAAUACAGAUUCACUAUACACAUCACAUACGAUGCAAACUGGUGAAACUAAUGUAGAUCAUACGAGGUCGUCUACUAUUAGACCACCAACACCUCCACCACGUCAAAUGCACAUUCUUCAUGAUGAAAAAAACCUUGAGUUUCAUCCUUCUGUCGAACAGGUUUUAGAUAAAAGAAAAAUUCUACUAAACCUAUAA